AAGGAUAAUUCACCAAAAAGUACUUCCCAUGUUAAUUUUCCACCGAGACAGGUGCUUUGCGUAAUCCUAUUGAACGCUUGGCUUCCAUACCCACAACCUUAAGUUCUUGAUAGUGACAUCAAUUGACCAUUGUGACAGAAGAACUUAACUGCAACUUAUUCUACAACCAAAAAAAGAAACCUCAAAUUUGUCUCAUUGCAAACUGCAUUUACUGCAAAAUUGUCACAUUAUUAUAGUAACACAAAUCUCAAUCUCACACUCAAUAAAUCAAACUCCAUUCCCCUUUCAUUCUUCAUCCCAAAUUUUCAAUCUUUCUUCCACCCUCAUCACUCUUUCUCAAUUUUCUCAGAUGGGUUCUGUUCAAUAUGAAGACCCAUCAACCCAAAAACAUGAAACCACAAAAAAAUCCAAUCUUUUCAGAUACAAUUCACCACUUUCCCAAAUAAUCCUUAUUGGGUUAGUUUGUUUUUGUUGUCCAGGUAUGUUCAAUGCUCUUUCAGGAAUGGGUGGUGGUGGACAAGUCAACUCAACAGCUUCAAACAACGCCUUAACAGCACUUUACACAACUUUUGCAGUUUUUGGUAUCCUAGGUGGUGGAAUUUACAACAUCCUAGGACCCCAUUUAACCCUUUUCGCAGGUUGUUCCACUUAUGUCUUAUAUGCUGGUUCUUUCCUGUACUACAAUCAUCAACAACAUCAAGCUUUUGCUAUCGUCUCCGGCGCCUUUCUUGGCGUCGGAGCAGGUCUAUUAUGGGCUGCACAAGGUGCUAUUAUGACAUCUUAUCCACCGGUGAAUCGAAAAGGAACUUACAUUUCAAUUUUUUGGAGUAUCUUUAACAUGGGUGGUGUUAUUGGUGGUUUAAUUCCUUUUAUUCUUAAUUAUAAUCGCGGCGAACAAGCUGUAACUGUUAAUGAUGGGACUUAUAUUGGUUUUAUGGCUUUUAUGUCAUUAGGGACUGUUUUGUCUUUAACAAUUUUACCAGCUAGUAAAGUUGUUCGAGACGAUGGAACGAAGUGUACAAAUGUUUUGUACUCAAAUGUUACAACUGAAUGUGUUGAGAUUCUCAAAUUGUUCUAUAAUUGGAAGAUGCUUCUCAUGAUUCCUGCUUCUUGGGCAAGUAACUUUUUUUAUACUUAUCAGUUUAAUCAUGUUAAUAAGACUGAGUUUAGUUUAAGAACAAGAGGAUUAAACAAUGUGUUUUAUUGGGGUGCACAAAUGAUUGGUUCAAUUGGGAUUGGUUAUACUAUGGAUUUUAGUUUUAAGAGUAGAAAGAAAAGAGGGAUUGUUGGAAUUGUUGUUGUUGCUGUUCUUGGAUCUGUUAUUUGGGGUGGUGCAUUGGCUAAUCAGAUUAAACAUAAACAUGAUGAUAAGGUUUUGGAUUUUAAGGAAUCUGGUUCGGGUUAUGCUGGUCCUUUUGUUUUGUAUUUUAGUUUUGGAUUGUUGGAUGCUAUGUUUCAAAGUAUGGUUUAUUGGUCCAUUGGAGCAUUGGCUAAUGAUUCUGAGGUUCUUAGCAGCCGUACCACUUUGAGUUUGUAGUAGUUUGCACUGGAAAAUAUGGAGACAUACCAUUGAUGCCAACAUUUCCACACAACAAGGGCCCUGAGGUAUUCAAUGGUAAGGUUCUUCAUACCAUUGAUUAUUGUAAACUUGACAAAGAAGCUACUAGUGACCUUGUUAAGGGAAAGAAGACCGUGGUUGUGGGUUACAAAAAGUCAGCUAUUGAUCUAGCCAUGGAGUGUGCACAGGCAAACCAAGGUAACAAUUUUCUCUAAGUUUUUGCGAUUUUGACCUCUUAGCUUCUAAAAUAGUCCUUUUGGCCCCUUAACUUUAGUUCUUUUGUAAAAGAUUGUCCCCUCAACUGAUUUUGACCAAGUCAACGUACACGUGGACAGUGACUCACAUGUUACGUUAGCAUAUCUUACCACAUAAAUUCAUAAAUGAUCAAAUGCAUGUGUAAAUAAGUUUUAUAAUGUUGGUAUAUAUAAAUUAAAUUCUUUGAACAAUAUAUUUUCAGGUCCUUUAUUUCAUAAUGAUAAGAUUGAUAUCCCGAUAAAAAAAUGAUUAGUUAGCUUAUCUAAUGAAAAUGAUGGUUUUAAUUUGUUAUGAAGGACCUGAAGGGCAAUCAUGCACUAUGAUAAUAAGGAGUUUGCAUUGGACACUUCCCCAUUAUAGUAUGUGGGGAGUACCAUUUUACUUGUUCUAUGCAACAAGAUCUGCACAGUUUCUCCAUCAAACACCAAAUCAGGGUUUACUUAAAAGCAUUUUAUGCUUCCUAUUAUUUCUAGUUGCAGCAUCUUUUCUUUAAGCUGUUCUGCCGUGGCCUUGCCUUUAUCUUUCUCGGCAGAGACAGCAUCACCGUUGGUGUUAACGGUCUGUUCAUUAGUUCCAGAAGCCGAAGCUUCAGCAGGAACCACAGGAAUAGGCUGUUUCAAAACGUAGGCACACUUUUUCAGAGUCAGGAAGAAAAACAUUUUUUGUUGCCAACGUUUGAAAUGAUUGCCCUCAAACUUAAACGGCCUUUCGGUAGCACCGACAGAUGAAUUACCAAUAAUCUCUUCGUUUGCCAUGAUAUUUUCGAAACGUCUUAAAAUUGUU